CCGUUGUAGGCAUCAUACAUUUUGUAAAGUUCAUAAGCGACUCAGCGAGCGAGGGAUCUAGAAACUGAUUUUGUUUCGAAAGAACCAAAGGCAAGGCAGUCCUUACUACUACAACGACUUACGCAAAAUUUCCAGACUGGUUUCUUUUAUUUUGUUGUUACUGUUGUCCCGAAAAGGUACCAGACGUAUGGGUGAUUAUAGCCAAGAGUUUGCAGAUAACUCCCUUGUCUAUUAAUAAGAAUGGCUGAAUCAUCAGGCAGUGAAAAUCAAUCCAGAUGUGUUAUGUGCAGUUUUUGUAAUAGACAGUGCAUUGCAUAUCCUACUAAGAAUGACUCCUCUCAUAUUUUGGCAGUUGUGGAUUAUGGUAAAUCCUUUUGGGACAUACUGACCAUAACCCCAGCAUGCAUUGAAUCACAUUGCCACACUUCUCCAUUAUUUCAAAGGACCCACAAGAGUGAUGAUCAUAGUAGUAUGGACUGGAAGGAAGCUUUAGUUUCCUUAAGAAAUGCAAGAACAAAGAAAAAAGAAUGUAUAAAUAUCAAUGGAAUGCAGUCCAAAGGCAUUGUUUUAAAAAAUAAAAUGGAAGACAUGCAUUUUUGUGUAUUCCUGAAAGAACUGAUAUCUUCUGAUAAUUACAGACAAUUAGUAGUCAAUAAGGUUUUAAAGACAUUCAAACGAAAAAGUAAGAGACAAAGAAAACUUUUAAUAGUGAAAUGGUGUUUAUUAGAUAAUCUGCCGCAAAUUAUAGAUUAUGAAUGGAAUGUACGUAUGAGAUGUAGUGCGAUAGAGAGACAACAUUUCGAUACUGCAAUGUCUUGGUUGUCAACAUUGGGAGGCGCUUGUUCUGCCCUUGGUGACUAUGACAUUCAGUUUGCUGAAAAAGCAGAGCAGAUUUCCUUUCAACAAAUGGACAUUGCACUACGCAUUGGAGAUCCUGCCAUAGUUUCACGAUGUAGACUCUACUUAGCCAUUUCUUUUAUUCAGAGGUGCAGUUUUAAGAUUGCUUCAACGAUAAUCCGGCAAGAAUAUUACUGGGCACACUCCUUUCCUAAAGACUCAAGAGAUAAACGUUUAAUAAACAUGUGUCAUGGAAUAUGGAAGAAAUUGCAGUAUGAGAAAAAGAAAGCCAAUCGUAAUGGACAUGUGAAAUGUUGAACAAGUGUACCAGUUCAAGAAACAAACCACUUUUGUCACAUAAGUUGUAUGCUAAGAAGAGUAGGAAAAGCAGUCUCUUAGAUCAUGCUCUGCCUGUCGCUGUGAGUGCUUCCUUAUUUCACAUUCUUACACAUACUGAUAAGGUAAAUUUGGUAUAGCUCCAGUCAGUCAGAUAAGGAUUUCAUAUGAGUGAAUCUCAGUUAUGGAGAAGUUGAAAUAAGAGUACUGUUGAUUGGGUGCUGUGAAAUCAGUAACACCUCAACUGUAUUGAAAAUGAUCUGUCUUUUUGACAGUUCUGUAGAGGUAUUUAGUACUUAUUGAUUUUUUUUCUUUCUUUUUUAUUUUGGUAAGCUUUUGUUAGUCAGAAAUGGACAUUCAUUUUUUUUUUUUCUACGGUACAAGCCAUCAUCUUUUAUGAAAAAGUCUUCUGCAGCAUUAGCUGGAAUUGGUUGUUGAAACUUAGUACAAGUUAGUUAAUUGUUCCUAGUCCAAGUGGUAUGAUCCCGCUAGCUUUUCUGUUUAAGGCACCAAGAUUAUUUUAUGAAAGGUGUAUAUUUUUCAGUUCCUGUAGAGAUACCUUUUGCUCUGCCUUGAGCCAGAUAUUCUGACUGAAAGGUUUGAGCACAUUUUUAGCAGUUUGGAGAACUUUUGGUUCAUAGGUAGUGAGAGCAGGUGGCAGGUGGAUCCAGACUACCUUUACCUCAUUUUAUUACUCAUUCAGUGACUGGCGCACUCUCCUUUCUUCCUGUCUUUUUCUUCUGCAAGGCAGCAGUCAGAAUGGGCAAUGGUGUAGGUAGACUUCACCAUCAAACAUCCAGUCUUAGAGCUUCACCUCAUAAGGUGUGACUCCCUCUGCUCUCACCUAGAAAGGAGAUAGGUUUGGUUAAGCUGUCAUACAAAUCCAUCCGCUUAUGACUGAACCUGAUACUGAUUGGCUUCCAAACUGUGCUAUCCUGUCUUUAGGGCAGCACUUGGUUUUCCUUGAGUGAGAAUUCAGAAGCAUCUCACUCUGUCUCAGACCCCUAUCAGUCUUCCAUCCCAGUGCCAGGAAUUGCAGGAGUCAUUGCUCCUGUGUUCACAGUCACGACCAGGAACAAGGAUUGAGUCUUUUACAUAAGUGGUGAUGGUUUGUAUUCCCAUUGGAAGAAAUCACAAGUUUUUCCAAAAUAAUUUGUAUUUUCCAUAGGUUGCAAACCAGAGCCAUUUAUCAGAAUCCCAUCACAACCACCUUCCUUAAAACCUGAUGCUGAAAGAAGUGUUUGGUGAAAGCAGGUGGGUGGGAGUUUCCCCUCACUUGCCCACCUCCGCUAAUUAAGUAUCUUGUUACAAAGUUUCAGUGAUAAUGCCAGCUUGUGCAUUGGAAUACCUUACAUAAAAGACUGGUUUGUAUACUUAGAAAAAAUACAAUUUUGUACAUGAACUUUCCUGUCAGAUAUAUACUUAGCUUUACGUCUCUGACGUCACGACAGAAUUCAAAACUCGCGGCACACGCGACAGGUAGGUCAGGUGAUCUACCUUACCCGCCGCUGGGUGGCGGCUGUAAGAACCAAUCUCCCUUUCCAGCCAGAAUUUUUCUGUCGCCGGUGACGACUACACCUGUGGUUGUUACCUCCUGACAGCUUUAUUCAUUUCUCGUUGCCGUGGAUUUAUUUGGACUGACUUUCGGUGAAGUACCUGAUCUUGUUGGCUUGGCAUACGCAUUUGUGGAUUGUUUUGGAUUUUGAUUUUGAUUUUUCUUUGAUUUCGAGAUGUCUGAGUUAGAGGUUAAGAAAUCUUCUAUGUUUAGGGUGUGAUCUAUGGAUGAAUGCAAGGUGAGACUACCGAAAGCUACGGUAGAUCCUCACACAGUUUGCUUUAAAUGUAGAGGGAAAGAAUGUUCUUUUGUUAACCCGUGUAAUGAGUGUGAGAAGUUGGAUGAGGGUGAAUGGAAGGCUCUUUCUUCCUACUUGAGGAAGUUAGAGAAAGACAGGGUGAGAAAGGCUUCGUCUAGGAGUUCUAGUAAGUCUCGUAUUAGCGAGGUAGAAGAAAAUCCUGUUGUAGCAUUAGAACCUUCUCCAGUUUCAGCUCCUGCGCCCUGCAUCGAACCUAAGGAUA